AUCGUCAAUCUAUCCAACUACACACUCAGCCCAGAAGAAAAGUCUGUCCUAUCUCGGGGACUCUCUUUCUGCCCUGCCACCCCCACCAACAUGAUACAGUUCUGUGGCGAUCUGGAAGCCUACUUUCGCAGUCUCCGACUCAAAGAAUACUUCCAGGACAACACUGAACAGUGCACUGAUACACGGAUGCCCUCCCACCAACAGCACAAGAAGAAGAACUCCACAUGGACUCCUCCUGAGGGUCGAAAUGACAGUCUGGACCUCUACAUUGAAUGCUUCCGCCGACGUGCACAGGCAGAAAUUGUGGAAAAACAACAUCGCUUGCCUCAUAACCUAAGUCGUGCAGAACGCAAUGCCAUCCACAGCCUCAGAAGCCACCCAGACAUUAUCAUCAAAGAGGCUGAUAAAGGAGGUGCUGUUGUCAUCAUGAACAGGUCUGACUACCAAAAGGAGGCUGCCAAACAACUCUCCAACACCAAAUUCUACAGGCCACUUCCCUCAGAUCCCACUGAGGAAUACACUAAGAAACUGCAACAUCUACUCAGGACACUCCCUACACUAACACCGGAACAAAUCAACAUACCCUUAGAGCCCCGACCAGGGUUAUUCUAUCUACUACCCAAGAUCCACAAACCCGGAAAUCCUGGACGCCCCAUCAUCUCGGGCAUUGGCACUCUCACUGAAGGACUGUCUGGAUAUAUGGACUCUCUACUCAGACCCUAUGCCACCAGCACUCCCAGCUAUCUCCGUGACACCACUGAUUUCCUGAGGAAACUACAAAGCAUUGGUGACCUUCCAUAAAACACCAUCCUAGCCACCAUGGAUGUAGAGGCUCUCUACACGAACAUCCCACACACAGAUGGAAUACAAGCUGUCAGGAACAGUAUCCCUGAUGAUGCCACAGCACAACUGGCUGCUGAGCUCUGUGCCUUUAUCCUCACACACAACUAUUUCAAAUUUGAUGACAAUCUAUAUCUCCAGAUCAGUGGCACCGCUAUGGGCACCCGCAUGGCCCCACAAUAUGCCAAUAUUUUUAUGGCUGACCUGGAACAACGCUUCCUCAGCUCUCGUCCACUCACGCCCCUUCUCUACCUACGCUACAUUGAUGACAUCUUCAUCAUCUGGACCCAUGGGAAGGAGUCUCUGGAAAAAUUCCACCACGAUUUCAACAGCUUCCACCCCACCAUCAACCUCAGCCUGGACCAGUCUACACAGGAGGUCCA